AUGCACUUGGCGUGCCUCGUUUCCGGUCCUGCGCCGUUUCUGGAGCGGAUUGGAACCCGGAGUCAGGAUUCGAUAAAUGAAGGGUCUUUUGCAGGAAAGGUUGUCAUAAUGGCUGAACAGACACCAGAUGAGCUGAUCUGGUGUGAGGACUGUGGACAGUACCAUGACUCAGAGUGUCCUGAACUGGGACCACUGGUGACAGUCCAGGACUCCUUCGUCCUCAGCCGGGCUCGGUCAUCUUUACCAAACAGCCUGGAGAUCAGACAGGUGCCUGAUGGGAAAGAGGGGGUGUUUGUGCUGCGGCGGCUGGUCAAGAGGACCCGGUUUGGACCCUUUGAAGCUAAGAGGGUCCCCCACCUGGAGAGAGAAGGAGAGUUCCCCCUCAAGAUCUUCCAGAAGGACGGCAUGGUGGUGUGUUUUGACUCAAGCUCUGAAGAGGACUGUAACUGGAUGAUGAUGGUUCGACCUGCCUCAGACCACCAACACCAGAAUCUGACCGCCUACCAGCAGGAUGAUGACAUCUACUUCAACACCUCACAGGAUGUGCUGCCAGGAUCAGAGCUGAGGGUCUGGUAUGGAGCUUUCUACUCUAAGAAGAUGGAGAGGCCCAUGCUAAAGCCUCCAUUUCAGCCACCACCUCAAGCAGAUGUGACGUCUUCCUCCACUAAGAAAGACACCACAGAGAAAACCGGAGCUCUCAUGCCUCUGAUAGCUGAGGAAAACGAUGCAGGCAACAUGCUGAGUCAUCUCAGCGAGGUAAAGACAACAACUGUGCCUCCAGUUAACUCACUCUUACCCCAAGAGGAGAACCUGGUGGGCCCUGUGGAAGAGGAGGGAGAGCUGCCUCCUGCAGCUCCACCGGUCCCGAGGAGAGGACAAGGCCGAGGGAGGAGAGCGAAGGGACGCAGGCUUGGAGCUGCUGCUGCAAGCAAAAACAGAGAAGUGAAGCGUCCGGUGCAGAGCUCAGAGUCAACGGUGUCACAGGCAGCAGCAGCAGCAGCAUCAGAGAGCAGCAGCCUUCUGAGCGCUUCAGACAACACAACCAUCAUGAAGAGACACAAAGUCAGAGAGCACAAGAGAGUGUACCGCUGCUCCCUCUGCAACAAGGUCUUCCAGAACAGCAGCAACCUCAACAGACACAUCAGAUCUCAUGGUGAUAAACUGUUUAAAUGUGAUGAAUGUGACAAGUUGUUCAGCCGCAAGGAGAGUUUAAAGCAGCAUAUUUCUUACAAGCACAGCAAGAACCUGCCUGACAUGGAGUACAAAUAUAAAUGCAACACAUGUGACAAAUCCUUCCGCCUGGAAAAUGCCUUAAAGUUCCACAACUGCCGCACAGACGACAAGACGUUCCAGUGUGAUAUCUGCUCGCGCUUCUUCUCCACAAACAGUAACCUCUCCAAGCACAAAAAGAAGCACGGUGAGAAGCUCUACUCCUGUGAGAUCUGCAACAAGAUGUUCUACCGCAAAGAUGUCAUGCAGGAGCAUCACAGGAGGCACGGAGUGGGCUCAAAGCACAUGAAGAGAGAGGAACUGGAGGCCAACGGAGAAGAAGGGACCAAAUACAGGAAAGAGCCGUCACCCUGCCCUAUCUGUGGGAAGGUGUUCUCCUGCAGAAGUAACAUGAAUAAGCACCUGUUGACUCACGGUGAUAAGAAGUACACCUGUGAGAUCUGCGCUCGCAAGUUCUUCCGUGUGGACGUCCUCAGAGAUCACAUUCACGUUCACUUCAAGGACAUCGCCUUAAUGGAUGAGCAGGAGAGAGAGUGCUUUAUAAGGAAGAUCGGCAUUUCAACAGAUGACAGUGACGAAAUGGAUGAUGAUGAUGAUGAAGAUGACCCCGAGCAUCACAAGUACAACUGCAAGAAAUGUCAACUGUCGUUUGCAAAGGGCCGAGAGUACCUGAAGCACAUCAUGGAGCAGCACAAAGAGCGAGGCUACGGCUGUGGUAUCUGUAACAGACGUUUUGCUCUGAAGGCUACCUACAACGCUCACCUGGUCAUCCACAGGGAGCAGCUGCCUGACCCUGCAGUGCAGAAAUACAUCCAUCCAUGUGAAAUCUGUGGCCGGAUCUUUAACAGUAUCGGUAACCUGGAAAGGCACAAGAUCAUUCACACAGGUGUGAAGAGCCACAGCUGUGAUAAAUGCAACAAAUCAUUCGCAAGAAAGGACAUGUUGAAGGAGCACCUCAGGGUGCACGAUGACAUCAGAGACUUCCUGUGCGCAGAGUGUGGGAAAGGCAUGAAGACAAAGCACGCUCUGAGGCACCACAUGAAGCUCCACAAGGGUAUCAAAGAGUACGAGUGUAAGGAGUGUAACCGCAAGUUUGCCCAGAAGGUGAACAUGCUGAAACACUACAAGAGGCACACAGGUAUAAAAGACUUCAUGUGUGAGCUGUGUGGAAAGACAUUCAGUGAGAGGACGACUCUAGAAACACACAAACUCAUCCACACAGUGGGUAAGACUUGGACGUGCGCAACCUGUGAUAAAAAGUACCUAACAGAGUACAUGCUGCAGAAACACGUCCACCUGACCCACGAGAAGGUGGAGGCUCAGUCCUGCCACCUCUGUGGGACCAAAGUGUCCACAAGAGCUUCCAUGAACCGACAUCUGAGACGCAAACACCCAGAGGUGGUGUCUGUGCGGAUCGAUGAGUUUGACGAUCUUCAGGAACCCUCGACAAUCAAUGAUUCAUCUAUCAGCAUCGUUCAGUCCUCUCUGUCUCUGGAAAAAGACGGCCUGGCUCAGGAGCGACCCAGCCGACCUCCACGUCACACGAAGAAAAGGCAGAGAGUUCAGGUCGAGCCGGAGCUUUCUGAGUCUGAUGAGUACGUCGACUUCACCGAGCCGAGGCAGGAAACCAUGGCUGAGUAUAAUGCUGUCAUCGUAGGUGAAGAGACGGAGACAAGCUCUGCUGUGCAGAGCAUCCAACAGGUGGUGGUCCUGACUGACCCCAGUGCUCAAUCCGCCUCCUCCCCCAACAGCUCGGUGGGCCUCACCAACAUCACCGUCACUCCCAUCACCAGCCACGCUCCCGCUCAGUUCACCAGCCUGCAGCCGGUCGCUGUGGGUCACCUGACCGCCAGCGACCGGCCCCUCACCCUCGACAACUCCAUCCUCACAGUAACCUUCGACACCGUCAGCGGCUCUGCCAUGCUCCACAACCGUCCCGCCGAGCUCAUCCCAGAAACGGUGGGACCCGUCGGAGGAGGAGGAGGAGGAGCGACGUCUCAGUCUGUCGCCCACUUCAUCAACGUCACCACGCUGGUCAAUCCCAUGAGCCACCAGCUAGAGGCGCCCACGCUCGCCUGGAGGCCGGUAUCUGCAACUGAAGGCAACCAGGUGACCCCGGUCCUGGAGGGGGCUCAGGUGGAGGCUCAGGACGCCCAGAAUCAGGGACAAGAGCCAGGCCGAGCCAUCCAGAGCCAACCUGCCGCCCAGCAGCAGCAGAGCGGGUCGACCCAGCAGAUGUUCAGCUACUAACAGAGACUGGAGGUGCAGGUCACCUCAAAGACACGCACACACACACGUACACACACACUGUAACAUAGUAGAGUACAUUUUAGCAAACUGUACAGAGCUUUGAUCACCGUCACACAGAUGCCUCUCCAGCCCCAUGAACUGAAUGAACUGUAACAUCCUCUUUUUUUUAAACCAAUGAAACACAGCGGCUGUUAUUAAAUAACACGAGAUCUUUAAAUUAGCCAAACUCCUCCCCUCUUGAAGAUUUCCAUUUUGAACCAAAGCAUCACAAUGAACAUUAAAAUGCCUUACCAGCCUUUACAGACCUGCAUGUUUUCAACAUCAAUCUGCUGCUUGAGAAUGAAACAGAAAAUGAUCCAACCUGAAAAAGAAGUUAUCGUGCGAGCACUUCAAUCAAAUCAUGUCAUCAGUCCUGGUUGGCUCACUUCUUUGAAGUGUCUCACUCGUGAAAUGUUAUUUUUAAAUGCUGUAAACUGUAAUUAUUACUGUGUGAAAGAGUACUGGAAGAGUUUUUCUACUGUUAUUUUUAAAGAAAAUACCUCUUUGAAA